AUGGAGGUGGGGAGCACGAUGUUAAAUCCUAUCGUGCUCUCUGAUGGUGAAGAGGAGAUGCAGAUGGACAUGAGUGAUUCGGACAUGGACGUCCCGGUGCAGCAGCCUGUGGUGGUUCAUAGGGGACCGCGUAUAACUGGCAACGAGGAGUUUGAUAAGCACUGUGUUUGGGGAAACAAUCUAGUACUCAAUGAAGACCAAUGCAAGGCCCUCACAAAGAUGGUUCGUCAGUUCCCAGGAAAACCAAUCAAGUACUAUGUGUACAUGAUGAGCAAAUCUUCUGUCAUUCAAAAGAACUGCAAAUUGGUGUGUACUAAUUUUAACUCCUUGCAUAAUUUCUGAAAAAAUACUAGGUACUGCUAGUUUGCUACUUUGUGGUGCUUUGAUCUGAUUCAUGCCCCCACUCUGUAUAAAGCUUUUUGCUUCAAAAAUGUUUAUAUUGGGCAUGCAGUUGGAGAUUUACUUUUCUUGUUGGAAGCAGACAUUGGUAAUGUUAUUCCUGUGUUAGUAUGUCAUCUUGCUUAAAUAUAGAUUUUACAAAUCCAAUAUCGAUUAAAUCUAUAUUUGCCUUGUGCAUGUUUAAUCAUCACUUACUAAUUACUA